GCCACACAAUCCGCAUCAGCCGCUCUCGCCAUCUUCCGUCGCUCUGCCACCGACUUCGACGACAUUCACGCCACGGCUUGUCUGCGGCAAGUCGCUCUCUUCUGGACAAGAGCACAGAGGGCAGAGGAUGCUUUGGGACUCCAGGUCAUCAAUGCAUGGUCACUGGCCAAGUUGCAGGAGGCGCAGGCUGCGAUACCCAGGGAGUUUGAGGAGGCUCUUUGCUCUGCCGUCGAGAGGCGGAGGUCGGAGUUCAGUGCCCGACAUUUGGCCACGGUCCUCUGGUCCUUUGCCAAAGCCCCGGCUGGAAGAUUGGACACAGUGGCAUCGCUGGCGACAGAGGUCCCACGUCUCUUGCCGGACAUGUCUGCACAGGGCCUGGCGAACUGUUUCUUUGCCUUGGCCAGCUUUCGGUCGACGAAGGCCUUGGAGCUCUUGGCCUCCGAGGCACUGAGACGUCGCCCAGCACUGCAACCCAAAGAUUUGUCGUCUCUGAUCUGGUCCGCUGGGACCUUGGCCGCCCGCCACGCGGCCCUGGCUCGCGGACUGCUUCCAGAGAGCCGGUCACGGCGGAAGGAGUUUUCCACGAGGCAACUUGCCAACAUGGCGUGGGCUUUUGCGACAAUCGACCCCGAAGCAUGGGCCGAAGAUGUUCAAACGCUGGUCGACGAGGCAUUUGGCCGGCAGCUGCCUGCCAGAGACCUGCCAAACCUUUGCUGGGCACUGGCGGCCAUCCGCGGCUCCCCGGGCCCAGCCGUGGCAGCACUGAGCCCAGAUCGACUCGGGGAGCUGUCUCCCGCUGUCCUGCCCGGAAUCUGCUGGGCCCUCGCGGCUGUCGCCGCCCCGGCGGCGGCGGAGGUGCUCGGAUCGGCUGUGCCACACAGCGAAGAUUGCAGUGCCUCCGGCAUCGCUCGGCUGCUGUGGUGUUUGGCCAAGCUGCAGGAGGCAGCCCAGCCUGUUUGGAGAACCGCGGAUGCAGUGCGAACGGCCUCUCGCCGAGUUACUGAGUUCAACACGCUCGACGUCAGGAGCGUGGCUUGGGCAGCCGCGAAGCUCGAAACGGCUGCCAAGAGCCUCGCUGAGCUGCUUGUGGCCCGGGUGCCCCAUGCAGAGUGGCCUGGCAGCUGCCUGGUGCAGGUCGCGUGGGCGGCCGCGCGGCUCGGCGUUUUCGACACGCACGCGGCCGGAGCCCUGUCCGCGACAGAUCCUUCGACGCUGCGUGCGCAGGAUGUCGCUCUAAGUGCCUGGACCUUGGCGACGUGGGGUUACGAAGGCUCCGAAGGAGGCCUCGUUCAGUUCGCAGCGGCCGCGGCGCAAAGGGCCGAGGAGUUUGCAGCCCGAGAUGUCGCCAACGUCGCCUGGGCCAUGGCAUCGCAAGCUCUCAUCGACGAACCAGCAAUCGUCGCGCUGGCGGCGAGGGCGCAAAGGACCAUGUCAGAGAUGGAGCUCCAACAUUUGUGCAAUCUUCUUUGGGCCUUUGCCACCUUCUCGUGGCAACGGACCCCCGGGCCGACCAUGCUCCGUGGGCUCUCUGCGGCCUUACUUCGCCGGAGGCCCAGCGAGUUUGAGCACCGCGGGCUAGCAGCGACUUCCUGGGCCUUGGCGGAUGCUCUGCAGUUGCCAAUGCCUCCGAGUCGUCGCUGA